GCGCUUGCAUCCUGCAUGCCGCUUGUUGAGUUGUAGCUUGCAAGUCACACGCAUGCCUGCAAUGAAGCAUGCAUCCUUCCUUCAGCGCUUCCUCCUCCUCCUGUUCGGUCUUAUCAUCACAACCUUGGCCUCCAGCGAUGAUCAAUUUCUCUUCUCCGGCUUCAACCAAUCCAGCCUAACCCUCGAUGGUUGUGCCGUGGUCACAGACGCCGGCCUCCUUGAUCUGUCCAAUGGCACAACUGCUCUCAAUGGUCAUGCCUUCUACCCUACUCCUCUGCAAUUCCGCAAGUCGCCCGGUGGUAAAGUUCAAUCCUUCUCAGUCAAUGUAGUUUUCAGCAUCUUCAUCGCAUACCAAGACUUGAGAGCUGGAGGCAUGGCCUUCUUCAUCGCCCCCGCAACGAAUUUCUCUGAUGCACAAGGAGCCAAGUACUUUGGCCUACUCAACGAGAAGAACAAUGGCAACACAAGAAAUCACAUCUUCAUGGUCGAACUCGACACCUUCAAACAUGUUGAGCUCCAAGACAUCGACGACAACCACAUCGGUAUCGACAUCAACAGUGUAAUCUCCUUGGAAUCCAACACGUCCGGCUUCUAUGAAGACGAGGGUGGUGCCUUCAAGAGCAUGAUGCUGAAUGGCAACGAGGCUAUGCAACUGUGGGUGGAUUACAACGAGAGUGAUACGCAGAUCAAAGUGACCUUGGCUCCAAUCAACCUGCCCAAACCAUCAAGGCCACUGCUCUCUGCAACAUAUGAUCUCUCAACUGUACUCUCCGGCUCGGCUUCAUACAUUGGAUUCUCAUCCGUAUCUACUCUCAUCAACACCCGUCAGUAUGUGAUGGGCUGGAGCUUUGGCAUGAAUCAACCAGCUCCAUCCAUUGACAUCUCCAAGCUUCCCAAGUUGCCUUUUGUUGGUCCCAAGGCCCAGUCCAAGCUCUUGAUGAUCGUCCUACCAAUAGCCACUGCAACACUGAUCCUCUCUAUGGGCACUCUUGUCACUCUAGUUGUGCGAAGGCGACUGAAGUAUGCUGAGGUGCGUGAGGAUUGGGAGGGAGAGUUUGGUCCGCAUCGGUUCUCGUACAAGGAUUUGUUCCAUGCUACGGGAGGGUUCAAGAACAAACACCUACUUGGAGAAGGGGGUUUUGGGAAAGUAUAUAAAGGAGUUCUUCCAUUGUCUAGUGUGGAGAUUGCUGUGAAGAGGAUGUCUCAUGAGUCAAGGCAGGGGAUGAAGGAAUUUGUCACCGAGGUUGUUAGCAUCGGUCGACUCCGUCAUCGAAAUGUUGUGCAGCUACUUGGCUAUUGCCGGAGAAAAAGUGAACUGUUUUUGGUUUAUAAUUACAUGCCAAAUGGUAGCCUUGAUAAAUACCUACAUUGUGAAGACCACAGGGGCAUUUUGAAUUGGGGUCAGAGGUUUCGAAUCAUCAAAGGCAUUGCUACCGGCUUGCUCUAUCUCCAUGAGAAGUGGGAGAAGAUAAUAAUCCAUAGAGACAUCAAGGCAAGCAAUGUACUCCUGGAUGGUGAAAUGAAUGGGCGGCUUGGUGACUUUGGCCUUGCAAGGUUAUAUGAUCAUGGCACUGACGCACAAACCACACAUAUGGUUGGUACAAAGGGGUACCUAGCCCCGGAGCUACUGCGGACAGAGGGAAAUGAAGUUUUCUUGGUAGAUUGGGUACUCGAGCAUUGGAACAACGAAGCGCUUAUCAAGACAGUGGAUACUAGGCUGCAAUGCGACUUCAGCAUUGAUGAAGCAUGCCUCGUGUUAAAGCUGGGACUUUUGUGCUUGCACCCAUUUCCUAGUUCAAGGCCCAGGAUGCGGGAAGUUAAGCAAUACCUCGACGGUGACAUGCCACUGCCCGAGCUGAGGAAGACGGAGCUGAGCGUGAACAUGGCGGCCCUGGUGAAAAGCAAUGGACCGAACUUGGUCAUCAUGUCAUACCCGCAAAUCACAUCGAGCUUCUGCAUGAUAUCUGGCCUCUCAGGAGGAAGAUGAUAUCCACGGCGCUUCGUCGCUGACUAGCUAUGCUGCUUACUAUAAUAGUAUAAGCACAUGUAUCAAUGUCGUAGUAUGUCCUAGUAGAAAUAAACAUAAGCACAGUAUCAGUUACAUGUCUGAAGUCUGUACUACGUACAACAUUUUCAUUCAGAUGCUCAUAAGGUUGUAUCUUGCAUGUAACUAUGUAUUCGAUGGUUUUAUGUAUUUAAGUGUUCUGAACCCUUCUGUGCAACAU